CAACACCACCUCCAUCAUUUCUUUGAAGCACCGAGCGUUGGACAUAAUCCCCCUAACUAUCCCGCAUCACGACCCACAAGACGACUCACGAGACAACCCAAGGAAGAUCAUCCAAUCUUCACUGCUAUAGAGUGUGAAGGGUAUCCUACCUUGACCUGACAACCCUAGUUAGCCAGCUGCGACAAUGACCGGCCCGGACACGCUGCUAAAUCAACCGGUCGUUAUCGAUAAUGGUUCGGGAACCAUCAAAGCGGGCUUCGCCGGCGAAGAUCUUCCAAAAACCUUCUUCUCCUCGUUCGUUGGCCGACCAAAACACACGCGUGUUCUUGCGGGAGCUCUAGAGGGGGAUGUGUUCAUCGGGAACAGAGCACAGGAGCUUCGUGGGCUGCUGAAGAUCAAGUACCCAUUGGAGCAUGGGAUCAUUACCGAUUGGAACGAUAUGGAGAGGAUAUGGCAGCACAUCUACAGUGAGGAGCUGAAGACGCUGUCGGAGGAGCACCCUGUGUUGUUGACCGAAGCACCAUUGAACCCACGGACGAAUCGGGACGCCGCAGCUCAAAUAUUCUUCGAGACUUUCAAUGUACCAGCUCUCUUCAUGUCGAUACAAGCUGUUUUGGCGCUAUAUGCCUCCGGACGAACCACCGGAAUAGUCCUCGACUCUGGCGAUGGUGUCUCCCAUGCCGUUCCUGUAUACGAGGGUUUCGCUAUGCCCGCAGCUAUUCGACGUAUCGACGUUGCCGGACGAGAUGUAACAGAGCACCUACAGGUGUUGCUACGGAAAUCUGGUGCUAUUUUCCAUACAUCGGCUGAGAAGGAGGUUGUGCGUCUGAUCAAAGAAAAGACUUGCUUCGUCGCGCUGGAUCCAAGGAAGGAGGAGAAAGAAUGGGCAGGUGGUGGGGUUGGAAGGCUCGAGGAGUACCGACUUCCGGACGGCAACCUUCUGAAACUCGGUUCGGAGAGGUUCCGAGCAUCGGAGAUAUUGUUCGACCCUGAGCUCAUCGGUCUGGAAUAUCCCGGUGUCCAUCAGAUUGUGGUCGAUGCCAUCAACCGGACGGAUAUGGAUUUGCGGAAGGCUCUGUUUGGGAACAUUGUCAUGUCUGGAGGAUCAACGUUGACUAAAGGCUUCGGUGACCGACUGCUGAGCGAAGUGCGCAAACUGGCUGUCAAAGAUAUGAAGAUCAAGAUCUUUGCACCACCAGAGCGUAAAUACAGUACUUGGAUAGGAGGAUCGAUUCUCGCCGGUCUGAGCACAUUCCGAAAGAUGUGGGUCAGCAUUGAUGCAUGGCAAGAGAAUCCGGAGGUCAUCCACACCAAGUUUACUUAGGACUCUCGUCCUAAGCUACCUACAUUCCUUUUUUCCACCGGCAAAUGCACCACCUCCCCCUUGCCCUGGUACUUCCCUCCACCCUCCACCGUCUUUCCCGUAUCGACUGCCAUUCGACACAUGGCCGUGAAGCAUACGCACCCUUACUUGUGAUAUCUACGGCUGUUUCCAGGAAUCUUGGCCAGAUUUCUACCCUCACGCGCGUUAACUACUACUACUUUACAUAAUCAGAGAUGACCACCUUUCUUUGUUGCUUUUUUGCUCCCGUCGCGCUGACAUAGACCCCGGAAUGCAAGCGAAUUGCGGGGGAGGAGAGAUCUGGGGGUCGCAUGUCUGUACUUUACAUACCUAGUGGAAUUGAUGGCGUACG